AUGAACGCUCCAGAUAGAUUUGAACUUUUUUUACUAGGUGAAGGUGAAUCUAAGUUAACUAUUGACCCAGAUACCAAAUCGCCAAAUGCUAUUGUAGUAUUGUUUGAGAAGGAAGAUCAUACAUUAGGUAAUUUGAUUAGAUCAGAAUUAUUAUUAGAUUCUAAAGUUUUAUUUGCUGCGUACAAAGUUGAACAUCCUUUCUUUGCUAGAUUUAAAUUAAGAAUACAAACUACCGAAGGUUAUGAUCCAAAGGAUGCUUUAAAGAAUGCAUGUAAUAAUAUCAUUAAUAAACUAGGUGUAUUAAAGACAAAUUUUGAAACUGAAUGGAACCUACAAACAUUAGCAUCUGAUGAUAAUUUCGGUAUAUAA